AUGGAGUAAAAUACAAAGUCUAAUUAAGAAUAUGUAAUCACAUUUGAUUAUUUUAGUUUAAAAAACUGAGACUAAUCCAAAAGAAAAUGGAAGAUGUUAAGGCUGAUCAAAGUCCCAGUGUUAUUAAGUAUAUGAUGAGAAGAAAGAGUACUGAAGAAGUUUAAGCUCCUUUACAUGAUGUUGAAUACAAUAAUUAACCAAAAAAGAAAAAAUUACUAUUCUUUAAAACUUUUUAAAAAGUGACAAUAGAUCCUCAUAUAAAAUUGGAUGAAAUUAAUGAAGAGAAAUGGACAAUCAUGACUAAUAAUUAUAAAUCACUCAUAGAGAAAUCUCGUUAAAGUCUAAUAAAACAAAAUGAAGGUGGUUAAAGUAUAACAACAACAAAUAAAGAACCACGUAAAAUGUAGUUCCUUACAAGGAGAUAGUCUAUUGAAUUUCGCUUACGUGAAAUAGCUACUACUCCUAGUAAUCAUUCUUCAGUUUCACCUUUAAAAUUAAUUACUUAACCAAAUGCAUAACCAUCAAUCGAUCCAAGUUAUAAUAGAUUCAAAAAAUAUUACUAAAAGAUAGGUAUUCCUUCAGAUAGUCCAAUAAAAUUAAAACUUUAAACAAUGAUGUCUACUCCAAUUGCUCCUUAAAAAAAGAAAGAUAAGAGUUCACAUUCUAACAAUUCCCCAAAUCAUUCUCCAUCUCCUCCUAAAUCUAAGAUUCUGCAUAUCAAAGCAAAUAAUCAUAACUAAUAUCUUAAAGAAAUUAGAGAAAUAUGUUAAAUUGCAUCUAAUUAUCAUGCACAAGUUAAAUAAGAUGAAAAAAAUCAAAUUUAACAUACAAGUUAAUAAGUUGGAUACAUUUAAGCUGAGUUUAAUAAAUUUCAUAAUAUGUUGACAUCUGAGUUAGAAACUGUAGAUUUCAUUGAUGAAAAAAAAUGA